UAAGAUCUACUGUUUUCUCUAAACUCGUUUGUUAUCUUUUCAUGAUUUCCGCAUAUAUUUGGUCACUUGUCAUUGGCUCUCGCAGAGAUCCGGGACCUCUGGGAAAUUAGGGUUUUCCUAGUUUCCCAAUUUAAACGGAAAUCGACAGUGCGAAUUUCGGUUCCCACAUUAACUAGUAUGCCAUGUGUUUAUGUAAAAAAAUGAUGAGUCCAAUAAUGAAAUAUCGUUUGUUUGUAUGUUGAUGACAUGUUUAUCUUUGGUACUGACUUCAUAAAAGUAAAGCUUACAAAAACACAUUAUUGUCAUCAAGUUUUGCAAUGAAAGACAUAAGGGAGGUGGAUCUGAUUCUUGAAAUUUAAAUCAUAUGCAUGCAAAAGUCCAGUUGCGGCACCUAGACAUUAAAUAUUGUGUUGUAUGUGAGUUCAUCAUUCACCGGGUGAUUACCAUAAAGUGUGUUUGGUCUGAAUGUAAUGUACCAGAUCAGUUGAUGAAAUGAGUUAAGAGGCUUGGUAGCUAAGUCUGUUAAAUAAAUGAGUUCAAAAAAUCCAUUUAAAAUUUUAAUUGUGGAAUACCCAAUUUCCUUCAAAUACAACAUUAGAGGCUGAAUUCAAUGUGGAAACCAUAUACAAAUCAUAUGUUUAUAUCAUCCCAAGGUACGUGCUUGGACAUGCAAGAAACAUGUACGUUGAAAUGUUAUUCUUAAUAGAUACCAUGAAAAAUUGCAUUUGCAUGAUUGAAAGUAUUUACAAAUAUGAGUGUAAAGGAUGACGCUUCAAUAAGUUGGGACUUGGCUUUGUAUACAUUCAUGAAUGGAUAAUACACAUGACUUAUAAUAGUGUCGAGUAAACACUUAGCAUAGUGUGGAAAUACGUGUGUAUUAUCUUCGUGUGCCCAAAAUGACUUAUAAUAGUAUCGAGUAAACAAGUAUUAGAAUAUUGUUUCAAAAAAAAUUCUUAGAAAUUUUCAUUUAUGCACGCUUUUGAUAUAUGUAUUAAUUGUUUAUUGAAUAUGUGAUUCCAGUUAAAUAAGAAAAAGAUUGUUGGAAAUUUAAGUAAAUUCUUGCAACCGCUUGAGUUAAGCAUUGCAAUUUUUUAGAUUAAGAUCAAUUGCAAUUUUUUUUGUGCUUGUAACUAUUAGUCAUAAAAUGUUACAAUUUUUGGUGAUAAACUAUUGCAAAUGUGGAUGUUUUGAGCCAUUGAUGAUUAACAUUGUGACCUUUUGGUUAACCGUUCCAACUGUUGGUGUUAAGAAUUGUAAUUCUUGGUAAUAAUAAUUGUAACUCUAACCACUAUAAUUGUUAAUACUAACCAUUGCAACCCUUUAUAAUUUAUUUAAAAAGUUGUGGGUUUUGGUAAAUCAUAACUUAAUAACAAUAAGAAAUCAGAAACUAUCGGUUAGAUAAAUAGAAUGUUCAUCAUUCAAAGAUCGUCAAAUAUUUUGAAUAAACACAUAUACACUAAAACUCUAUUUGUUAAUAUUCUAUCCUACGAUUUUGAUUGUUUUAUCAUAUACGUGUAACCGAAAGGUUCGAGUAUAGUCGAAAUGCUCUUGAACAAAAAUAAAAUCGAUGUGAUUCAGUCAUUAUCCAAUUUUCAGAUUACCAAUUUAAAUAUAUAAUUAGUAUUUUUAAAUUGCAUUUAAAAUGAAUAUCACUCCCCCGGCCAACCGCAGGGUCCAAAUCCUAGUGUUAAUAAUAACUGUACAAAUAAAGAAAUAACUAGAUCUUGAUCCGCGCUUCAAAAGCGCGGAUGUUUUACUAUCAAAAGUUUAAUAAUGUUAAUGAUUCUUGUAUGUUAUUAUGUUACAAUAUUGAAUUAUAUCAACGCAUAGAAUUUUAUAAAAUUAUAUGAUUUAUGAAUUAAUUUAUUUAAAAUUUUGUAUGUAUAUUGUUAUUUAACUCUCUCCUAGGUCCAAACAUUUUUUCUAGUUCGAAUAAAAACCGAUCCGAAUAUACAUGUUCGGUUCAGAUCCAAGUCUACGGCAAAGUAUCUACUGGGUACAUUUCAGAUCCGCAGUGUCGGUUUAGGUUUGGAUUCUACAGAGAUCUGAACCGGUACCCUGAGUAUCUAAAAUGUUUUAUGUAUAUUAAAUAUAUUUUUCUGUUUCGAAUAUGUCUUCGGUAUCACAAUUAUUCUUUUGUGUUUCAGGUUUGGUUUUCGGUUAAGUUUCAGAUUUCAAAUAAAAUGUUAGAUUUUUAGAAACAAUUUCGUGUAUACGCAUAAAAUUUUGAAUAUAGUUAAAAAACUUUAAAGUAUUUUCAUUUUUCUAUACGUUAUGUUUUACAUAAAAGUUUUACAUUCUGUGUAUAAUAUGUUAAUAAAUGUUGUAAAUCAGUCUUUAUGUGGGUCGGAUAAAUGAUCAUCAUAACUGACAGUAAAAACUAAAUCUAAACACUAUCUUUCUGGUAUUUGAAAAUAAAUGCUAUUAAAAUUAUUUUAUGUUAAUAAGCAUAAAAUCUGGUCAAAGAAUCUUUUAGUUUGGCACAAAUAUUAAACAUAUUAUGUGGAAUUGAUUAAUUAAGGUGAUAUAAAAUAUAGCAUUCUAAAGAAAGGGUCCAGCAAUUUUUCAUAAGUAGAUUUUUAAAGAUUGAUUCCCUUUUAAUAGUAUACAUGGGUGUUAUAAGUUUCUCAUUAAGACCUCAUGUCAAAUGAGAACCCCUUCUCCAUACUCUUUUUAUACUUUUUUAAAAAAAAUUAUCAUUUUUUUGUGUGAAAAUUCCAUAGAUAAAUCAUCAACAGAGAUGCUUUAAGAAGUCCAUGCACUUUUCUAUAUGGUUGGAAGGAUAGAAACUCCUGCAGGCUUGAAGACUACUCCAACGGUUAUCUUCAAACAAAUGAUGAUUCACCCAUCUUUUUUAUAAAGGUUAUCUUGAAUGAUUUUUGGCCCUAGAUUGUUACUUGAAAAUGUAAUUGCAUUCUAACCAAACAUAGUGAAAAAUAACAACUACAAAAAACACAUCACGUGGUCGGAUAAAUUAUGUACACCUCACUUGUUGUAUUAGGCCCGCCUGUUUAGGUUUUAAAAACAUGUCUUAAACCACUUGUAAUGUUGUUGUACAGGAUAGUCUACAUUCAUAAACAACACACGAAAGUAGACAAAUAAUUAGAUCAGAAUUGAUCACUAAAUUUGACUCUGAGGUCGCAAUAAUAACCGUAAUAUAAAUCAAAUCUGUGUUCAUUUCUAUUCAUCCGCUUUUUUCCUUUUCUUAAAAUUGUCAGAGAAUUAUGAGAAUGAUGGGGUUUUCCAUGUAUCUUUUUGUUCUUCUUCCACAACUUUUCUUACGUUUUGGUCUUGCUGAAAAUCCGUCAGGAUUCACCAGUUUAACUUGUGGUGCUCCGAUGGGAACUAGCUUCCUAGAAAAAGCAACAAAUAUAACAUACAGCUCUGAUGCGCCUUACAUCGAUACCGGCAUUGGCAGGAGCAUCAAAUCAUCGUACCAGAGCAAAUCAGAGCAACAAACAUGGUACCUCCGGAGUUUUCCACAGAGCUCUAGAAGCUGCUAUACCUUCAACAUGACCACAGGCGAUAAGUAUCUGAUCAGGGCCAUUUUCUUCCAUGGUGGUUAUGACACAAGACCCUCUACUAAGUUCGAUCUCCACCUCGGGCCUAACAAAUGGGCGACAGUUUCAACCGCCGAGGAGACCAAGUCUGAAACAUUUGAAAUCAUACACAUAUUGGCCACUAGCAGGUUACAAGUCUGUCUCGUCAAAACAGAGGAUUCAACGCCAUUCAUCUCCGCUAUAGAGCUGCGUAAACUCACCAGCAAAGCGUACGCGAACGAGUCGGGGUCCUUGCAGACUUUCUUGAGAGCAGACAUUGGCUCCUUCUCUAAACAAUCUUUAAGGUACGGAUCUGGUGUCUAUGGAGCAGAUGUCUUUGAUCGUAUUUGGCUGCCAUACAACUCCGAAAACUGGUCACAGAUUAGAACCGAUAAUAGUGUAGACAACGAUAAUGGAUUUAAGGUGCCAGAAAAUGUUAUGGCCACGGCCUCUGUUCCAACAGACCCGGACGCUCAUAUGAACAUUUCGCUAACCGGUUUGCACCAGACAUCACGGUUCUACGUCUGCCUACACUUCUCAGAGAUCCAAGAGCUCAAUCCCAACGACACCAGAGAGUUAAAGGUGAUGUACAACGGAAGACUCAUCAUAGAGCCCUUUAAGCCAAUAAGUUUCUAUACUAGAUCCUUUUUCCGAGAUGAACUCGGUCCGAACGCAAAUGGACAGUGCACAUUUUCGCUUCAAAAGACUGCGAGUUCCACACUGCCUCCUCUGCUCAACGCCAUGGAGGUUUACAUGGUGAACUCUUUAUCGCAGAAUGAAACCGAUACAAAAGAAGUUGAUACGAUGAUAAACAUCAAGUUGAGUUGCGGCAUCAAUAAGGUUGAUCCAUGCGUACCGCGGGAUUACAUGUGGUCUGGUGUUAACUGCAGUUACAUUGACAGUGAGCAACCAAAGAUCAUUUCAUUGAACUUGACUACCCAUGGCUUAACCGGGGAGAUACAGGAAUCCAUAUCAAACCUAAGUAGUUUACAAGUUCUUGAUUUUUCUAACAACAGCCUGAUUGGUCCGGUCCCGGAAUUCCUAGCUCAUAUGACAAGUUUAAAAGUCAUAAAUCUGUCAAGCAAUUUGCUAUAUGGUUCAAUUCCUACGAGUCUCCUAGAUAAAGUGCAAAGAGGAUUGGUUUCACUGAGCAUCGAAGGAAAUCCUGGGAUAUGUUCCUCUGCUUCAUGCGCAACCACAAACAAGAAGAAGACGAAGAAGAAGACCAUGGUUAUUGCAUCAGUUGCAGCAUCAAUAUUUUUGAUCUUAGUCAUUGUUUUAGUUAUCCUCAAGAGGAGAGCCAAGCUUGGUCGUUAUCCCAGUUCUGAUCAUGAUGAUAAUAAUCUUCAGCAGUGCAAUAAUCAAAGUAGCUCCUCAGAAAUGGCAAACAACAUGUUCACAUAUGAAGACUUGGCGCAAGCGACCGAUAACUUCUCCAAUGUCAACUUCAUUGGCCAAGGCGGGUUUGGUUAUGUUCAUAAAGGAGUUCUUCCCGAUGGAACGGAGGUUGCGAUUAAGCAGCUUAAAGCUGGAAGCGGACAAGGGGAACGGGAGUUUCGGGCAGAGAUAGAGAUUAUAAGUAGAGUCCAUCAUAGGCAUCUUGUGUCCCUCCUUGGUUACUGCGUAAUCGGAACUCAAAGAUUGCUUGUCUAUGAGUUUUUGCCCAAUAAAACGCUGGAGUUUCAUUUGCAUGAAAAAAGGAGACCAUUGGAUUGGUCAAAGAGGAUGAAGAUUGCUUCCGGAGCAGCUAGAGGAUUGGCAUACUUACAUGAAGACUGUAACCCUAAAACUAUACACCGUGAUGUAAAGGCUGCUAAUGUUCUUAUCGAUGAUAGCUACGAGGCAAAGUUAGCAGAUUUUGGACUCGCCAAGUGUUGUUUAGACAAUGAUACUCAUGUUUCUACUCGGAUCAUGGGAACAUGCGGAUACUUAGCCCCUGAAUAUGCAUCUUCUGGGAUACUCAGCGACAAAUCAGACGUCUUCUCAUUCGGAGUUAUGCUUCUGGAACUGAUAACUGGACGCCGGCCUGUUGGUAAAUCACAUCCGUUUGCAGAUGAAGAAAACAUCGUUGAUUGGGCAAAGCCUCUUAUGUUACAAGCCUUAAACACUGGAAACUACCAUGGUCUUGUUGACCCGAGACUGGAGAAAGAUUUUGACAUUAGCGAAAUCAAGAGAAUGGUUCUCUGCGCUGAUGCUUGUGUCCAACAUUCAGCAAAGCACCGACCAAAAAUGAGCCAGAUAGUUCGAGCAUUUGACAAGAGCAUAUCUCUAGAUGACCUAUUCCAAGGGGUUGCUCUAGCCUCUAGGAGACAUCACUAGUUACAACUUAGACGGGAGCUCAGAUUAUACCUCAACGGAGUACAAAGAAGACGUGAAGAAAUUCAAGAGAUUGGUACUUGAAAGCCAAACAUUUGGUAGCAGCGAUUUGACCAGUGACAAUGCUCAGAGCUCAUCAGGCUCCUUCUGCAUCAAAUCUGAGACGUAGGAGACCCAAAUAAAAGAAACAUAUACACAUUUAUAUCCAAGCCACGUGAAUGGAAACUGAACAAUAGUGUUUUAUACGCAUAUUUUUAUUCCGACAAUGCCAAGAAUGCCCUUGGGUGUUUUCAUUUGUUAUAUCGAGAGUUUAUCAAUAUGUUUCUCGCAAGACCAUUUAGAUUAAAGAAUUUAUAAUAGAUAUAUAUCACAAA